UCCUGCCGUUCCUGUCAUUUUAAAUUUGAGUUAAACUAUAUACAAAGCUAAACAUUAAUAAAAGCUUGUAUAGGUUUAACACUCCUUCUAUGAAAUAUGUCAAUACACGUUACUGUGAGCGGAAAUCCUGUAAAUAUAUGCCGUGGGAGAAUGGUCCUGUCGGACCUAGAUCAAAUCAAGAAGAACGAACGUGAUCGUCGACGGAGGUUACGCCUGGAGCAGGUUCGGCAACAGUCAAAGGAAAUAUCAAAUCGAAUUGUAGAACGUGCUAAAAAGAUAAAAAGAGGAUUGGAAAAAGAUGGGAGAUCAGAAUUCGAGCAGAUGCAAGAUAGAAAGAUUAUGGAUUUACAACAGAAAUAUGAGGAAGACUUGGAAGAUAUUGGUCAAGCUCAUGCCCUUGCUGCUUUGCAACCAGAUGUGAAUAUAAUAAUAGAAGAAGAGGAAAGAAAAGAUAGAGCUAUGGCCUUAAAAAGAGGAAAAGAUGCCGUAGAACGUAUGAAAGAAGCAAAACAAAAAGAUAGCGCAGAAGUAGCUCAUCAAGAAAGAUUACGUAAAGUGCGAGAGGUAGAAAAUGCAAGAGCUGCAAUGGUAGCUAAACUUCCUAAGUCAAAGCCUCUAUCACCUGAGGAACAUAAAAGAACGGAAACAAAUUCUUCCCAAGAAGAUAGAAAUGAAGAAAUUAUUCAUGAAACAUUAUCUCCAAAGAGAAAGAGUAAAAAGGUCUUACCAAGAAAGUCACCCAGAGUGAAGAAAUCUACUUUAAAAGAGCAUGACAAAAUAUCAUCACCGAAAUCAGGCCCAUCAGGAUUGCAAAAGCAAUCUGCCAUGCAAUCUUAUAAAACAUCAUCAAGAAAGAAAGACAAAGUUGAUCACAUUGAAUAUAUUACCGAUAUAAGUGAUGAUCAACUACCACGAAAAACAAUACCAGUUAUAAGCACUACUCCAACUGAGGCUGAAAAAAUAGCAAGAUAUAAUCCAGAAGAUUAUACACAAAUUAUGUCAGAUAGUGCAAGUAUCAGCAGUAGUAGUUCCAACUCGACUAGCGACGAUUCGUCAUAUUUUUCUGAUGUCACAGAACAAAUUACAUGUAUCAGAACUCCAAAGACAUCUUUAACAGACAACAAAGUACGAUUAUAUGAUCACAAUAUGCGUCAAAGAAAUGUUUACAGUAGGCCUCCUGGUAUGGUUGAAAGAAUCGAUAUUGGAAGCGAGCCAAAUGCAAUAGAAGCAGCACAAGCGAUAAAAGAUGGGGAGAAUGUAAAAACAUACAUAUCCGAAAGCCGUAAAUUAAAUGCCCAGCGUCGCGGUGAGGAUGCGAUUUUGCGAGAAAAAGUACGGAGAGAUUAUCAGGCACUCAUACGGAAUCUAGAUCAUCUUGCACAAGAAGAGCGUAGAUUAAAAGCUAGUCAAAUUCAAUCUGCUGAAGAAAAUACGCACACCCGACUAUAUCAAAGAAAUAAAUGUCAAGAGGAGCAUCAAAAAAAGUUGAAUCGCGCAGCCAAAAAAAUUUUUACAGAUAGUGAACCGACUCAUCUCACGAAAAGAAUAAUCACUUUACCGACGCAAAAGAAAGAUAAUGCUGUACCUCAUUCCACAUGGCAAGAACCUCGUCCCGUUGAUGACGAGACAGAUGUUUGUCACACACAACGGGAUAAAGAUAGCGAAAUGUCGCGGGAGGAACAGAUAUUGGAUAUGCUGAAAAAGGUCGAAAGACAAAAAAGAUUACUGCUACAGGAAUUUGGUGCAAGUUUGCCAGAUGAUAUAUUUAAUAUCAGUACGAGGCCGGUUUUUGAAGAUAGAAUACAGACAAAAGCAUCGAAAGCUGCCAAGCCUUUAUCACCUGAAAUUAAAGUUAUAAAUAUGUCUAAUGAUAAUAGCAACGAAUGUGUAAAGAAAAAGGUGAGAAAACCAGUUAAAUCGCCUGCAAAGAAAAUUGAAAUUGCUGUACAGGCAGAAUUAGACAAAGCUGGUGCUCCUGCAGAGAAUAAAAGUAUACAAGUAGAGUUGCCUCAGAAAGAGACAGAUAUAUCUGUUCCCAGUAGAGAUACAACUACACGAAUACCUCAUCCGCUUGAACCAAAAAUUACUAUCAUCACGCCAGAGACAGAUGAUAGUAGUAACGAUUCAACAAGUUCUGAAAUUAGCGGGAUGGUCAUUGAAAUCGACAAGAAAGAAGUGGUUGUGACACCUAAAAGAAGAAAAAGCAGCGUACGAAUAUCGAAGCGACCAUCGCCUCGGGUUUAUCAGAAGAUUCGCUCAACGUCCGUCAGUUCUAAAGCAACAUCGCCCAUGAAGAGAUUCUCAAGAUCUCAGUCAAAUAUUCGUCUGACUAGUCCUCAAAAGAAGACAAAAUGUUCGGAUGCGCAGGUGGAUACAGCCAGUAGAAAAAUCGACAUACAUGUUAGUAAGUCUGCAUUCACCGAUGACACAGAUCCAUCGCAGGAAACGAGAGUAUCGAUAGACGCCAGUGCGGAAAGCUCGCAAACGUUUUCAGGGGUGAACGAUCAAGAACAAACUUCAGGUCAACCAUAUCGGAUUCGCACGCAAAUGAAAAGGUGGAUUCGAAUAAAGGAUACAUCUGAUACUACUUCGACAUCGUUCGCAAGUCCACCACCAAUAAAGCCUAAAACAAUGUUUGACGCUUUAACCAACGUUACACCAAUUUUGGAGAUGUUAGAUACUCCAAGACCCGAAGAAUUGAGAAGAUUACAACAAGAAAUCAGUCCAGUUUCCACACCGGAAACCCCUUCGCCGCGUACAAUGAUGAUGCCGUCGAAUAUUCCACAUCGCGAUAGAAUCAGCAGAGUGCUUAGAUACAAUAUGAAUGAUUCACAAAUCAAUGAUAGUACUAUAAUUUCAUCGGUCCAAAACGAUCAGUCUACGUUAACAGAGCCAUCGGAUAAUUGUCAGCGGAAGUCUGCAGUAUCGGAACGCUUAUUUAUUCCUACGGAACAGCCACCGUCAUCGAAAGUCUGUACAUGCAAAAAUCCCGAAUGUAAACUGUUACAUAUGAAACUCGAUGAUAUUCACGACUAUGCCCUGAAAAAUUGCCCUGAAAUAUUACAAAAAUACGAAGAUCUACAGAACUUGUGCGCAGAAAGAAUAGCAUCUUUAACUGAUCUCAUCGAAAAAGUACGAAACGAACAGAAAGGUAUGGAUCUUUCGCUAAUCAGCCCAAGCGAUGAAACUAGCUUAAUGCAACUACCUACAUUAAGACCGAUACGUGAAGAUGCUCGAACAGUGCAUAGACUGAUUGAGAGUAUAGAAGCAAUUCAUGCCCAACUUGCAAGAACUCUCCUUGAAUCGCAAAGAAUCAUAGGAAGCGAAGCAAUUCCAAGAGAUGAAUCUACAAUCUGUGAUGCGGAAAUUCAAGCAAUCACUUCUACUCCCAGAAGUAAAUCAAUAGAUACAGUUAAAGCACAUAUACAGAAAUCUGAAGUAGUAGAAAGCAAAGCUAAGCCAAAGAUUAUAAGCAAUGAGAGAGUUAAUAUACAACUUAAUCGAUUUAAAAUACAGCAACGAUCUCAGGCAACGUCAACAACAAAAACGUCAGAUCGUAACUCUUGGCCUCCAUGUACAUUUUCUCCUCAUGAAAAAGAAGUAAUUGAAAAAUUGUCGAAAGAAAUUUUGGAGCAAAGUAAAAAUAUGGAGAAGCCAACCAUUGCUUCAAAAGAGGCUGAUGAAAUUUCUAUGCAACAUAAAAUGCCUCUUAAGAAUAUUAAUCUUAAAAAUAACACUUUAGAACAUGAAAAGGACAAUAGUAUUAUAAAAGAAAUUACAUCUACUCAAGAGGCAACAAAAGAAAAUGAUUUUAUUCCCAUAUUAGCCGGCAUUCCCAAAAUAUCACGCAAUCAUGGAAAUAUGACAUCAAUAAGUGCAAGAUCUAAGCCUCCUGUUACAUUGUUAAAUGGACCAUAUAGGCCGGAAUUAGAAUCAUCGGGACAUGAAUUGUCAACGAUAGUGGAAUUUGAUACAACAGAUACAGCUAAUAAAAGCAUCAAAAGCCCAGCAAAAUCUAAACCAUCGGUGCAUGUAGCUCCUUUAUCUGUUCAACAGAAUGAAUAUUCUUCGAAAAAAUCACCAACAUCUAGCAUGAAACAUCCCGAAAAACUAGUUUCUGCACAAAGAUCACAGAAAACUAUCUCUAAGUCUCCUGAAAAACUAAAAAGUACAACUGAUGGUACAACUGAUGGUACAGCAAUAAAAACUGAAACCGAGCAGGAACAUAUGCUCGAAAAAUGUAAUAAACAAUUACAAUGUAACACAACCACUGAAGAACCUAUAUCUCAAGCAAAAGAUAAAUUCGGUUCGUCUAUAAGUACCGAUUUUAAUAAUCCACAUAAAGACAGUAAACAUAAAACAACAUCUACUAGCUUAUAUAGUUUUUCCGGAUUGUCUGGCAUUUCCGAAAUAACGAGUUCUCCGUCGUCAGAUAUUUUGAAGCAUGCUUCAUCUCCAGAAGAAAUGGAAACUGCUUUGAAGAAAUUAGGUUUGGGCUGGGCUGUUACAACACUAAAGAAAACUCGAGAAGCAAGUGCUCUUAGUUCAUCUUCAAAUUCGGAUGUUACACCAGUAAAUACAGCUAGAAGGAUGAUUUCUCCCACUAAAAAACAGCAUGAUCCAAAUGGUUUCCCUGACAUUAGCGAUGUGUCAUCGAUAUCGAUUAAAGAAGCUAGUAAGAGCACUGAGCAAGCUGUGCUUUUAAAAGGAAGAACUUCUACCCCUAAAUUUCAAAACUCAAACUCCAAUAGCGAGAGAUCUACUACUACAAAUACAUCUGAAAGCAUUCAAGAUCCAAGUGAUAGUUUAACUGUACCUAAUGUAUCACUUACAAAAACUAAAUCUGAUAAUAAGCAACAAAAUCUCUGACAUAAAAUGUUUUUUAUA